AUGUCGACUUCCAAGGCUAGCGCGAAUGCUUCGUAUCGGCCUCAGGGAUACGGAAUGUCUCCAGCGCUCAAAAGGGCUCGUCAACCGUUCGCAGUCCGAAACGCAUUGACCGGUAGUGCUAUUGCUGCAUUUGCAGUGGGCGUAUGGGCCUAUUCAAUCAGUGCGGUCAAGCAGGAUAACUUUGACGAUAUCGAUGCCGAGGCGAAUGCGGCCGGACUCAUCAAAAAGCAACCACCACGGCCGUCGUGA